AGGCAGCCUGGGCUCCAAGCCUACUUGCUAAACCAGUACUUUCUGCAGCUUCUCAGUCCCAAGUGGAUGGGUCUUAUGCUCUCCGUUAUACAGAUGUGGAAACUGAGGCUCAGAGAGGCCAGGGGACUUGCCCAGGGUCACAGAGUUUGACAGGAAGAAAGCCUGUGAGUCAUGACUAUCCUGGUGCUCAGUCCCCCUCUGCUUAUCCCCAGGUGGCAAUGGUGGAGGUGCAGCUGGACGCUGACCAUGACUACCCGCCAGGGCUGCUCAUCGCCUUCAGUGCCUGCACGACGGUGCUGGUAGCCGUGCACUUGUUUGCGCUCAUGAUUAGCACCUGCAUCCUGCCCAACAUCGAGGCGGUGAGCAACGUGCACAACCUCAACUCGGUGAAGGAGUCGCCCCAUGAGCGCAUGCAUCGCCACAUCGAGCUGGCCUGGGCUUUCUCCACUGUCAUAGGCACGCUGCUUUUCCUGGCCGAGGUCGUGCUGCUCUGCUGGGUCAAGUUCUUGCCCCUCAAGAAGCAGCCGGGCCAGCCGCGGCCCACCAGCAAGCCCCCGGCCCCCGGCGUGGUCUCCAACGUCAGCACGGGCGGCAUCACCCCAGGCCAGGCCGCCGCCAUCGCCUCUACCACCAUCAUGGUCCCCUUUGGCCUGGUCUUCAUCGUCUUUGCUGUCCACUUCUACCGCUCCCUGGUCAGCCAUAAGACGGACCGACAGUUCCAGGAGCUCAACGAGCUGGCUGAGUUCGCCCGCUUGCAGGACCAGCUGGACCACAGAGGAGACCACCCCCUGACACCCGGCAGCCACUACGCCUAAGCCCGCCUGGGCCCAGGCACCUCCCAGCUUUGGCCUUACACCCUUCCCUACAAGCUUGUCCUGCCCCAGCCUCAGGACAGCCUGCACAGGGUGUGGGCUUUUGCCAGGGGACAGAAGUGGAGGGAAGAAGCUCUUUUUUAAGGAGAAAUUACUGCACUUUGAAACUUUCCUCUUAAGAGAAUAAGCACCUCCUGUUCUUCCAGCUCUAGGUUCACCUCCCAUUAGGAGGCCGCCAAUGGGAGCCAGAGCCGGGACAAAUGCUCCCUUUGUCCCUCCUCCUCGCCCAUGCCAGUGCCAUCUGGAUGCUUCCUGUCCUUUCUGUCUUGACCCCGUCCCUGUCAGCGUCGAGUGUGUGCGCGUGAGUGUGAGCACAUAAAUAUACUCGUAAGGGAUG